AUGCUAGCCCCAGGACCCGCGGGCACGAGUAUGCUAGGCGAGCGGAGGGGUCUAGAGCGACAAGCGCGUGAGCAUGAAAGUCGCGAAGAAGACGCUUUUGGAAAUGAAAAUGGAAUCGGGGUUGAAAGUUUGAAUGAGGAUGGGGGUGGGGAUGGUUUACCACGAGCACAAAAGCAAGCACAAAAAAUGCGGUACAAGGACUCGGGGGAGCGGGGAGAAGCGCAGGGUCUACAGCUACAGUUUCAGAAUGAGAGUGCGAAGAGUGAUUAUAGUGAUGGGCCGAUUCAUUCGCGGUUGGAGAGAGAUGGGGAUGGUGGUAAGAAGAGGGGGAUUUGGGGGGAGGAUUGCGAGGAAGUUGACGGGGGUUUGAUUUGGGGUUUAAGGUUGAAGUUUGGGUUGUGGUUUUGA